GGGAGGGCGGCCGGGCGGCGGGCUCGGGGGCACGGUGGCCCUUAGUGGUCUGAGGGAUUGAGCGGCGAGUGGCCGUCGGGGGGAAACCGGUCUCUAGCGGUAAGCCAGCCGGAGCCACCCUGCGUGCAGGGAGGUUCGGGAUCCCCUGAUCCUCUGGCAUCUUCCCAGUUGCCACGCGUCCUUCAAGUGGGGAAACCGGUGCCGAGGGGACUCAGAGGGUACAGGCAGCAGCUGGCAGGGCUGCACCCUGGUCUCCAGUUACCGCCUCUUGCCGUCUCCACGUGGAACGGCCAAGGGUGGCCAGGUAGGGGAUCCGUCCGUGGUGGUUGCUUGGCAGUUUUCCGCCUAAGAAGGGAAACGUGUUUGAGGGGCGUUGGUCUUAAGGGAAAUAAAGAUUUGCAUUUAUCAUUGGAAAAGGUUAACGUUCAGGUAGGCGAGGUCUAUAAAGCAACAGAUCAAGCAGCCCUGGGCCAGUUGAUGACCUUCCUGACCGAGGCCCUCAAGGCAUCAGCGGUGAGUGUACCUUCACUAAGCCCAUGGGUUUUUUCACAACCUUCUUUUUUCUUGUGGCUUUAACAGUUUGUGUCAAGAUCAAGAUUAAGGGUCUGGAAUAUAGCACAUGCUGAAUAGGUAAUAACUGGAAGAAUACAGUAGCUUUUAAACUUUUAAGCAGAGGUUCUCUAUUCUCAAAGAAGACUUUAUGGAGCAGUCUUGUUGUGAGCAGAGGUGAGCACAGUCUUUCUGUCUGAGGAGGGGGUGGCCUGGCACUUUGCGGCUCAGUCCCCGCCUUCCCGCUGGGGCCACGAGAACAUCCUGGGCAAAGGUCUCCAGCCUUUCUGGUUCUCAGAUCCUGGGAGGGACAGUCAAAACAGAACAGCCUGUUUCCUUAGGCCUAGCUGGAACACUCCCCUCUUCAGAGUGGGUAUUAAGUAUAUUAGAUGUAUUAGGUUUGCAGGAUAAUUUUAGUUAUCAUUUGAUAAUUGAAGAGAGGCUUGCAGAGGAGCUUGAGAGACAACGGUUGGGCUUCAAGAAACCUCAGAUGACGACAGACUUCUGACACGAGACCUAAUUUCUUAGGUUUGUUGCGGGGGUUGGCCCAUUCACUGUGCCCAGAACUUCAAAGUUUGCCUCCUUUUGAAAUGUGAAGGCCGACUCUUGGCCUCUGAAACCCACACAGUUGUACAGGCCGGUGUGAAUAGCCUUGGGUGUGUCUUCCUGUCUGCUCCUGCCUGUGAAUUGCUCCCAGGUCUCCUGCACUGGCUGCCCCAGAGCUCUUGCCCCAGGACAUUCUCCGUCUGGGUUCCCAGAGCCUUGGCCUCUGCUCCCCCAUUUCCCCACCAAGCAGCAUCUCCUGCAGAGUCCCCAGCUACCACCACCUAGAAGCAUGGUCCACCCCACUGGCCUCCACAUCCGGUGAUACUGUCUCAAGUGUGGACUCUACUUCAUUUUUGUUCCUGCCAUCCUUUCUGGCUUUUCUGCUGGCCGAUGGGGGAGGUUUCACCCUGGGCUGCCGCCCCUUCUGUCCCCAAACCCUCCUUCCCAGGGUGCGAGCCCCUUCUGUCCUUAGCCCCUCUGCAGGCCUGUUGUCUGGAGAUGCUCCCAGUUCACAGCCAGAGUGCCUGCCCUGGUUGGCCUGUACCUGCUCUUGUUCACCUUACUGCCCUCUCCACGCAAACCAGAGACGUCCCCAGCUGCUUCUUACAGCCUGACCACCGUCUGUGUCCUUCGGGGCCCAGUCUGACGCUACCCAGUUCCCCAGGUUUCCCAGGCCCUCCUUGGACGCCAGAGCAGCACAUUGGCCUUGAGCUGUGUGCUCCACGCACGUACAGGGUGCCUGCCUGAGGACACGCCAAGGAGGCGCUGAGUCUGGCACAGAUGCAGGAGCAGACGCUUCAGCUGGAACAUCAGGCCAAGCUCAAGGAGUAUGAGGCCGCCGUGGAGCAGCUGAAGGGCGAGCAGGUCCGGGUGCAGGCCGAGGAGCGGAGGAAGACUCUGAGUGAGGAGACACGGCAGCACCAGGCCAGGGCCCAGUACCAGGACAAGCUGUCCCGGCAGCGCUACGAGGACCAGCUGAAGCAGCAGCAACUUCUCAACGAGGAGAACUUACGGAAGCAGGAGGAGUCCGUGCAGAAGCAGGAGGCCCUGCGGCGAGCCACUGUGGAGCGGGAGAUGGAGCUUCGGCACAAGAACGAGAUGCUGCGGGUGGAGGCCGAGGCGCGUGCCCGGGCCAAGGCUGAGCGCGACAAUGCUGACAUCACCCGUGAGCAGAUCCGCCUGAAGGCUGCUGAGCAGCGCCAGACCAUCCUGGAGUCCAUCAGGGUGGCUGGCACCGUGUUUGGUGAAGGAUUCCAGGCCUUUGUGACAGACUGGGACAAAGUGACAGCCACGGUGGCUGGGCUGACGCUGCUGGCUGUUGGCAUCUAUUCCGCCAAGAACGCCACGUCGGCCAUAGGGCGCUACGUGGAGACCCGGCUGGGGAAGCCGUCCCUGGUGCGGGAGACCUCGCGAAUCACGGUGCUGGAGCUGCUGCGGCACCCUGUGCAGGUCAGCAGGCGGCUCCUCAGUAAGCCUCAGGACGCAUUGGAGGGCGUCGUCCUCAGCCCCAGCCUGGAGGCUCGCGUGCGGGACAUCGCCAUUGCCACGAGGAACACCAGGAAGAACAGGAGUGUGUACCGGAACAUCCUGAUGUAUGGGCCACCUGGGACGGGCAAGACACUGUUUGCCAAGAAACUCGCGCUGCACUCAGGCAUGGACUACGCCAUCAUGACGGGUGGGGAUGUGGCCCCCAUGGGGCGGGACGGCGUGACCGCCAUGCACAAGGUCUUUGACUGGGCCAACACCAGCCGGCGAGGCCUCCUGCUCUUCGUGGACGAAGCAGAUGCCUUUCUCAGGAAGCGAGCGACUGAGAAGAUCAGUGAGGACCUCAGGGCCACCCUGAACGCAUUCCUGCACCGGACAGGCCAGCACAGCAGCAAGUUCAUGCUGGUCCUGGCCACCAACCAGCCCGAGCAGCUUGACUGGGCCAUCAACGACCGCAUCGGCGAGAUGGUCGGCUUUGACCUGCCGCGGCGAGAGGCGCGGGAGCGCCUGGUGAGACUGUAUUUUGACAAGUAUGUUCUUAAACCAGCCACAGAAGGAAAGCAGCGCUUGAAGCUGGCCCAGUUUGACUACGGGAAGAAGUGCUCAGAGAUUGCACAGCUGACGGAGGGCAUGUCGGGCCGGGAGAUCUCCCAGCUUGCUGUGGCGUGGCAGGCCAUGGCGUAUGCCUCUGAGGAUGGGGUCCUCACCGAGGCCAUGAUGGACGCCCGGGUCCAGGAUGCCAUCCAGCAGCACAAGCAGAAGAUGCAGUGGCUGAAGGCAGAGGGGAGCCAGCCCCUGCUCCCAAGUUCACAGGCCGAGUGAGCCGGGCCUGGACACCUGCAGCACGCUGACCAGGUGCCCCAGCUCCCAGCGGACGUGGUGACACCACACAGCCGCCCCCCUCCCGGCGUGUGUAACCUUCCUCUGGUCAGGCCCAGGGCGGCAGGGCAGCAUUAAAGGCCUCGGCUCAGGACCAGCUGCGCGGUGCAGCCUCGAGGUGGGGUUGGUUCCCGACCCCGCAGCCGCCCCCAGGACACUCCUGGGAGACAUGUCCCUCCAAGCCCGGCCCAGACAGGGAGCAGGCACUGUCUGCCAUGCCCGGGGUCGUGGCCAAGCUGGCAGUUCAGCUUCCCUGGCAGGUGCUGGCUGCUGCAGCGGUGAUCAGCAGUAGGGGCCCGGCCAAGGGAGGGGACCUGACCUUGCCCAGCCCCUCCCAGGGCCAGACCCUAGCCCAUGAUGAGCGGAGCUGGCCUCUGUGCAGCCCAGCUGUCCUCGGAAGGGCAGUGCUCUUGAGGUCUGUGAACCCAUAAAGCCGGGUGCCAAGAACCAGCCCAGCGACCCGCGAUGGCCAAGGAUGUGUGGAGCGGGGGGACUGCCCAGCCCACGGAAGGCGAAGCUCUCCUGGAUUGGAAUUGGGGGUCUUUUUAUCCAGAAUCUAAUAAAAACUGACAGAUACGUCUCAGUGUCUGUCUCAUGGCUGA